GACUGUGUAACGGAAAAGUAAAAAACGGUCUGACUGCAUGGGGACAGUACACAUUUCUCCAUCCAGACAACACAAUACUCGAUUUAAAAGCACAAGAACUGCAGAUAUGGCAGAACAAGCUGAGAUACAUUUUUCACCUGAUGCACUCAUUCCUGCUAGUGAAACUGGAGCUCUAGUGGAAGUCAAAUUUCAGAAGAACCCCUAUCAAGAACAGAAGUAUUUGGAGGCAGAACCCAAAGCUUUAGGGGUUACUCAAAUCAUGCUGAGUCUCUUUUACUUAGGUUCUAAAUGUGUCGUAUGGAAUGUGAAGUGGACCACUGUACCAAACAUUGUCAGUGCUUGCCUGUCUUCAGUCAGCUUAAUAGCUGGUAGCGUGGCGUUAGCUGCUCAGACUCUUCACCUUCCCACACUGAAGGCCUGUUUGGGGAUGCAGGUUGUGGCAUGUGCAUUCUCAGUUAUCUGCUUUAUCAUCAGCUCAGCUUUAAUGGUAGACUACAGUAUGUACAGCGAAUGCUGGUACCCCUACCACAACGUCACUACACAAGAAAGCUUAUGUGAGAGAAUGACGUACAUAUAUGAACAUAUCAUUGGUAUAGAGAUGCUAGUGCAAGCGACUCAGGUUGCUCUCUCUGCCACCUUAGCUGCCUUCUGCUGCAAAGUGAUUCAGUGCUGCUCACCCAGGAGUAAUGUGCCCGUGAUAGUGGUGAACGCACCCCCAGCAGCUCAGUGAUCUCAAGGAAUCACACCAAUCUGUUAACAAAAUUUGACUAACUGUUGUGUUGUGACUAACUGAAUGUGUUUAAAUAUAACUAAUGCAUAUUAUACUCACACAAACGUAUAUACUGGGUUUCUAACAAAUAUUAAUGAAGUGUUCCAGCAUUAUUUAACCAAAUAUCAAACCACUAUAUGUGUUGUGUAAGUUUUAGAUUACCUUGGACAAAAAUGUUAAUAUUUACUUGAAACUCACUUAUAAUAGAAGAAUCUGGCAGUUGGGGAAAUCAAGAAAUGUGUGUAUGAACUAUAGAUUUUAUUCAAAGACGAUGUUCUAAACACAUCCUGCUUAGAAUGCCUGAAUGCUGAAUCAAGUAGUUUCUCAAUGUUCUAAUUGAUUUAUUAUUGUUCACCACUGGUUGGUUUCUUUUCCUCCUGUUCAUAGAGACUGGGGUAGCAACAUAGUCAGUUGAUGAAAAAAAAUAUUGUAAGCUUACUGAAUGUGACACUUAGCAAAUCAUGUAAUAAAUCAGUUAUUCGUAAUAAAGCAUAUGCUUCCAACUUUGUGGCAUCAGUUUAGAGAAGGCUGUUUUACUUUUUUCAGCUUGGCUAUGCCACUAUGCACAAAACAAGGUCCAUAAAGACAUAGUUUAACAGUGGUCUGCACAGGGCCUGAACCUUAAUCCCACAGAACAUCUUCAGAAUUAAUUGAAACGUCAGCUGUACAACAAGGCCCCAUUGUCCAACAUCAGUACCAGACUGUUGUGCUGAAUGAGUGCACAUUUCAACAGACACACUUCAUGUUCAUGAAGAUCAUGCCAAAAGAGUGAAGGCUGUUAUAGCUGCAAUGUGACAACUCUAUAACAAUGCUUGUGGUUUCUUAUUUAAAGACUUUUAUUGUUGUAUAACAAAAUCUCCACUGUAUCUUGUUUUGUUGAGUACAAUUAUCAAUUUAAUUGAGUGACUGCCCUUCAAUUUCUUUUAUAACUGAGUUUUGAGUUUUUACAUUCCUUAGUACAGUGAAACAUCAUUGUUACUUGUAAUAAUAACAUAAAAACAUAAAUUUUUUAUGUUGUACACUUUCUGGUCACUAUUAACCCAUUAUAUGUUUAUGAUAAUCAUUUAUACAUAUAUUCAUAUGGUACAUAUAUAGGCUGCUAUAGGUAUAUAUUCAUAUACCUCAUAUUGUUUAAAUGAUUUACUCAUGUAAAAACAUGGACUGUGACAUUUAUGUAUAAACAUUUAUAGACAUUUAAAUGCCGGCUAUAAAAUAUACAGGCAGAAUAAUACAUCAUUCUUAUGAAGCCUAUUUCCAGAAAGGUUGGGACUGUUUCUGUAAAAUGAAAUAAAAACAAGAAUCUGUCAUAUA